AUGAAAUAUUUAGAAGGAGUAAAGAUAGAAGAGAGUGAAAGAGAAAUUACAAGAUUGGACAAUUCAUUUGUUGAUGUCGAACAGAGGGUCCAUGAGUAUUUGGGAACAAUAAAGAAAAUCAAAUCAGAAAAGAUUGACACUAUGUCACAGUGUCCCAGUGAUUCUUCAACUCAUAGUUUAGUGGCUCAGAAAACUGCCCAAGAGGCAGCUAAGGUGCAUGUUGAAUUUGCUGAAAAAGAGAUAGAAUUAAAGAAAAAACAAGCAAACAUUGAUGCCGAUUUGGAACUUUUAAAACUGAAACGAGAAGCAGCGGCACUCGCCACGGAGGCAAGUGAACUAACCAAUCUGAUGUUUGGUUCUCAGCAGGGUUCAGUUACGGAUUUUCAAAUCAAUGAAGAAGAUCCUACUUCUAAAGUUCGUAACUAUCUCAACAGUCAAAUGGGUGAUAACAUUCUCCAUACGUCCAAGAAAGAAACACCGAACACUGAAUCUAACGCCACAGCACAGUUUCUCUUAAGGAAGGAUCUGAUCUUGUCGAGGUUGACCACUUUCAACGACUCCUGUGAGAACUACCAAGCCUGGAAAGCAAGUUUUCAGUCAGUCAGCAAUGAGAUGGCUGUUAAUAGCAGGGAGGAGGUUGAUUUGUUAAUAAAAUACUUAGGUUCUGUUUCCAAGAAACAUGCAAUAAGCCUUAGAACAGCGUACCUGCACGACUCAGAUGAGGCAUUAAGUCAAAUCUGGCUACGAUUAGACGAAAGAUUCGGAGCUCCUGAAAGUUUGCUUAAUUCCCUGACAAAUAGACUGCACUCUUUUCCAAGUUUAACAAAUAAAGAAAGAGCCAAGUUGUAUGACUUAUCAGACCUCUUACAAGAGAUCGAAGGACUUAUGUCAAACCCAAAGUACGACAAGACCCUGUCUUACUUUGAUUCUUCAAUUGGAGUCAACCCUGUGGUGAACAAACUUCCUCACAGCCUACAGCAAAAAUGGAUCACUCACGCAUCAACAUAUAAAGAAAACCAUUCUGUACCAUUCCCGCCAUUUCACUUUUUCGUGAGCUUUGUGAAAAAGUUCAGUGUAAUAUACAAUGACCCGAGUUUCAUCUACGAAACCCAGAAGGCGAAGGAACCAAGUCAACAUAGGACUCGUGAUACCCUGUAUCAGAGAGCAACAACCAAUGGUCGCGUAGCAGCCGCUGAAACAGGAAUUCAGGAUGAUAGUGAAUCUAGUGUGUCGCGUAAUAAGUGUUUAAUGCAUAAUGGUGCUCCGCAUUCUCUUGCAGAUUGCAAAAAAAUCAAGUGUAUGUCUGAAGAAGAAAAGCAAAAGUUUCUGUUUGAAAAUAAAUUGUGUUAUCAGUGUUAUUCUGGAGAUCAUCAGGCCCGUAAUUGUAAAGAUUCACAGAAGCAGCAUGGUGGGGAGAGACAGUAUUCAUCUGCCGGGAGAAAUGACAGACAAUCCACAGAUCAAAAGCAGAAAGUUGCUAGUAAAUGUACUGAAAUUUGUGGUGAUGAUAUUGUUGGAAAAUCUUGUGCUAAGAUAAUGCUUGUACAUGUUUACACUAAAGAUAAUCCAGAUAAUUAUGUUCAAUGUUAUGCUACUGUUGAUGAGCAAAGUAAUAGGUGUCUAGCAAAACCAGAAUUGUUUCAGUUACUUAAUAUAACUGGAAAAUCUGUUGAAUAUACAAUGUCUUCAUGUAAUGGUAUUUCUGUCAAAUCUGGUCGAGAAUUAGACAAUUUGGUUGUUGAAUCUAUUGACAGAAGUGUACAGUUUGAUCUUCCCACUGUUAUAGAAUGUCAGGACAUACCUAGUGAUAGGAAUGAAAUUCCUAUCCCGAGUGUGGCAGCCAAUCACCCACAUUUGUCAGAUAUAGCUCAUUUAAUCCCAGAAAUAGAUAGCAAUGCAAACAUGCUGUUAUUGCUUGGCCGAGACAUCACAGACAUACAUCACGUCUUAGAUCAACGCUUAGGACCGAAAGGCUCCCCUUUUGCACAGCGUCUGCCCCUUGGUUGGGUUGUAAUAGGCGAAGUCUGCUUAGGAAAUGCUCACAUAGUCCCAGAUGUCAAUGUUAAGAAAACAUAUGUUGUGGGUGACGGGCGAGCCUCGCUUCUUCCGCCAUGUAAUAGCAAAAUACAUGUGUCCGAAUCUAAGGACGAGUUUGUGUCUGAGUGCAGCUCCACGUAUGUAAUAGACAAUGGUAGAUAUACUCUGUUUAGACCAUGUACAUUGAAUGUUGAUCGUAAUCACGUGCCAGCAUAUGAUUACGAUUUCGUGUUCACUCUUGAUGUCCGUCAUGAUGACAAAGCGUCUAUGUCAGUAGAUGACCGUAAUUUCCUGUCCAUUAUGGACAAAGAGUUUGUCCUUGAUUUAAAUGAUAGGUGGUCAGCCCCCCUUCCCUUCAAAACACCUAGGCCUAGACUCCCUAACAACAGAUCCCAAGCUCUUCUUAGGGUUAAAAGUCUUCAGACUAACUUGAGUAAACACCCCCUUAAAAGACAACAUUUUGUUGAUUUCAUGGGCAAUUUGCUUGCAAAUGGUCAUGCUGGAAAAGCACCUGAGUUAGACAAUGCUACAGAAUGCUGGUAUUUACCCAUCUUCGGGGUCUAUCACCCGAAAAAGCCUGAUAAGAUAAGGGUGGUCUUUGACUCGGCAGUACAAUAUGAGGGGGUUUCAUUGAAUUCAGUAAUUCUGCAAGGCCCUGAUUUGACCAAUAGUCUUCUCGGUGUUCUCCUUAGAUUUAGGUGUGAGUUAGUUGCAGUCUCGGUAGACGUAGAACAAAUGUUUUACUGUUUCGGUGUUCAUGAGAAUGAUAGAAAUUACUUGAGAUUCUUUUGGCAUGAGGAUAACGACACUUCAAAGCCUCUUAUAGAGUAUCGUAUGAGAAAGCAUGUAUUCGGCAACAGUCCGUCCCCGGCUAUAGCUACCUAUGGGUUAAGAAAGGCCGUAGAGAAAUCUGAUAGCGAUGUAGUUCAGUUUGUAGAGAGAGAUUUCUAUGUAGAUGAUGGGUUGAGGUCAUGUAGUACUGUCUCAGAGGCAACUGGUUUGCUUCAACGCACUCAGUCAAGCUUAGCUAAAUCUGGCAUUCGUCUUCAUAAGAUUGCGUCUAAUGCACCUGACGUCAUGAAAAACUUCUCAAAGGAGGACUUGGCUUCGGAUUUGAACCAGUAUCUGCAGAGAAGCAAGCAAAAAUGCAAGCAAGCAAGCCAGCCAGCCGACCAGCCACCCAGCAAGCAAUCAAGUAAACAAGCCAGCAAGCAAGCAAGAAAACAAGCUAACAAGCCAGCCAACCAGCAAGCAAGCAAGCAAGACAGCAAACAAGUAAAAAGCCAGCCAGCCAGCAAGCAAGCAAGCCAACCAGCCGAUCAGCCAGCCAACAAGCAAGAAACAAUCAAGCAAGCCAACCAGCAAGCAAACAAGCAAAGAAGAAAGCAAGAAAACAAGCAAGCAAGCAAGCCAGCCAGCCAGCCGGCAAGCAUGAAAGCAAGCGAGCAAGCAAGCAAACAAGUAAAAAAAGCCAACCAGCAAACAAGAAAGCAAGAAAGCCAGCAAGCAAAUAAGCAAGUCAGCAAAACAACAAGCCAGCCUGCAAGCAAACCAACCAGCAAGCAAGCAAAUCAACCAGCAGGCAAGGAAGAAAACAAUCAAGCAAACAAACAAGCCAACCAGCAAGUAUGCAAGCAAGAAAGCCAGCAAGCAGCCAAGUAA